GCUUCACGCAGGUCGUGAAUACCGCACUGGCUAGAAGCCAUACGGAAUGAGUCAGCUACCUGCACACCUUUCUGCGGCUGCGCCGUUUGGUGAUGACCGUUUCAAAGGCGUGGCGAGUCUCGUAGUUGCUGGUUCUCUGUCUGGCUUCGCAGUACUUUUCAUUCUCCUUGCCAUGAUCUUUCGAGUUCCUGCAUUCACUGUCAACGUAAUGCCUUACUUUGUUUCUCUCCUGGUCGCCAAUCUUCUGCAGGCAAUCGGAGCUAUGGUCAAUGUUAGAUGGAUCACGGACCGCGCUGUGGAGCCAGGGACGCUCUGUAGCUUCCAAGGCGGUGUCAAACAGGCUGGAAAUGUCGGGACUGCGGUUUGGUCCUUCAUCCUUUCGGUGUGCGUCUUCCGUAUCCUGUUUUUGCGGACCACGUCAUCGGCAGGCUUGCGUUACCUCACACUAUGCGUUGGUUGGUUGGCGAUUGUGCUCGCUGUCUCCAUUGGACCCCUUGCGAUUGAGACAAAGGCCAAAGGGCCGUAUUUUGGGCCGACUGGUUAUUGGUGCUGGAUAACCCAAGCAUACCCCAGAGAGCAGAUGUUCUUGGAGUACUUCUUCGAAUUCAUGUCGUCCGGCCUGUCUUUCGUGCUCUACAUCUUCAUCUUGCUACGCGUCCGUGGAAAUCUUGUGCACAGGAGUGACGGUUGGCAUCUCCGCUUCGUUCCAAGGAGCGAGAGAUGGAUGCUUGCCAUCAGCCGCGACUGGCUCGACUCGUCCAUGAUGCGAGUCGCUGCUCGCUUGGUGUGGUACCCGGUAUUCUACGGCAUCUUGCUAGUACCGGUAGCUAUUUCUCGCUUCAUCCAGUUCAGCGGAACGGAAAUUCCUUUCUGGGCGACAAUCUUCACAGACACGCUCUUCAACCUCCAAGGGCUCGUCAACGCAAUUUUGCUGAUCACGACCCAGCGUCUGAUCACCGAUUCUGCAUGUUUGCCUUCCUUUUCACCUCCACGGAAGGUUAUCGACAUGGCCUCCUCCGAGGCAGCGGGCAUCACUCCGUUCGUGCUGCCCCCCAAGGAAUCCUCUGAUGAGCAGCAGUCUGCAUCCGCAUCCGCAAGAGUCCAGACGUUGCGCCGUACGCCUAGCAUGGCGUCGACGUCCAGUGCCGGUACCAUUGAGAGCGUUACCAGCACGGACUCCUCCGCUCCUUUGAACCGCGGCGCAGUGCGUCGCUGAAGGCCAUGCCCAUCCUCUUACACUCUUAGGGCGCAAUUUUUACGGUAACAAGUGUACAUUAAUCUUCGUCUUCGAAUGUCCCGUAGUUCCUGGUAUUACAUGUACAAUACUGUAGUUCGCGGUGUGACGGCCAAAGAUGACCUCACUUCGAUUGAUAUACCCACAGCGCCCGUAUUCUCUCGAGACACGUUUUGUGCUUUUUGGUUUUGAAACGUUUUUUGGCACGCUUCGUCGCAAGUCGCUAUGCGCCUUUUACUAGGGUCGGCUGCGCGGUCCAUGGGAUGCGCAGACUAGGAAGUACUGAAGACCCCGAAUGCAGAGACAUCCACAGAGUCUGCUCCGCCGUUUGGCGAAUGGAACGUAGACUUCGUACCACCGAGGAUAGAACGAUGCGCAGAACGAGCCCCGUGGGCAUUUCGUGGAUACUUGGCAUCGUGGGGCUUGUGUUCAGCAGGAGGUGUAGACCAAGAAUGGCGGCUACCCGGGAUACCACGGCGGCACAUUAUAUGUGAAGCCUGCCAGCUUUCAGUACGUGGGUCCUCAACCAGCCCUGGACGAUCGCGAGUAACAGGGUCCCAACCACGUCGAGGUGCUACGUGACGCUGGAUGAAUAUCACGCU